UUGAGCAUGUGAGCAUGCUGGUGAUUCUGCUGAACUGUGUGACUCUGGGCAUGUUCCAUCCAUGUGAGGACCUCAAGUGCCAGUCUGAGUGGUGUGUCGUCCUACAGGUGUUUGAUGACUGCAUCUUCGCCUUCUUUGCCGUGGAGAUGGUCAUCAAAAUGAUAGCCCUGGGGAUUUUUGGAUCAAAGUGUUACCUUGGUGACACAUGGAACCGCCUGGACUUCUUCAUUGUCAUGGCAGGGAUGAUGGAGUAUUCACUGGACGGUCAUAACGCCAGCCUGUCAGCCAUCCGGACUGUGCGAGUGCUCAGGCCCCUGCGAGCCAUCAACAGAGUGCCUAGUAUGAGGAUACUGGUGACUCUGCUUCUUGAUACUCUGCCUAUGUUAGGCAACGUCCUCCUGCUGUGCUUUUUUGUCUUCUUUAUAUUCGGCAUUGUCGGGGUGCAGCUGUGGGCUGGACUUCUUAGGAAUCGGUGUUUCAUGCCAGAUAACGUGAAAGCCCUUUAUAAUCUGUCACACAUGAGUCCGUACUACAUGAAUGAAGAAGGUGAGGACAACCCCUUCAUCUGCUCCUCCAAUAAGGACAAUGGCAUGCUGCGCUGUAGUCAGGUGCCCCCCCUCAAGGAGGGUGUUGAGUGCACUUUAAAUGCAUCUCCACCGGGACAUGCCUACUCUGGCCUGGAUGGGACAGGCAACAGCAGCUGUGUUAACUGGAACCAGUAUUACAGUGAGUGUAAACCCGGGGAGCUCAACCCGCACAAAGGGGCAGUGAACUUCGAUAAUAUUGGAUAUGCCUGGAUUGCGAUAUUCCAGGUUAUUACUUUGGAAGGAUGGGUGGACAUCAUGUAUUACGUUAUGGAUGCCCACUCCUUUUACAAUUUUAUAUAUUUUAUAUUGCUUAUUAUAGUGGGUUCCUUCUUCAUGAUCAACCUGUGCCUGGUUGUAAUAGCAACCCAGUUCUCAGAAACAAAGCAGCGUGAGAACCAGCUGAUGCAGGAGCAGCGAGCACGUUACCUCUCCAACGACAGCACCCUCGCCAGCUACUCUGAGCCGGGGAGCUGCUACGAGGAGAUGCUCAGGUACAUCAGCCACCUGUACCGCAAGGUGAAGCGCCGUGCUUCCCGCAUCUACAGCGGCUGGCAGAGCAAACGCAGAAAGAAGGUGAACCCCAACAGUGGGCUGAGUGGGGGAGGAGGAGGAGGCGGCGACGGGGGGGCCAAUGGUCAUAGCAGGCACAGGGGUGGCGGACACUGGGUUCGCUCCAUCCACAACCUCAUCCAACAGCACCAACAGCAGCACUGUCACCUCAGCAAUGGCAGCCCCAGUCCUGUGACCGCUACGGGGCCCGGCGAGGCUCUGGAAAUGAGGUCCAUCGCAACGGGGCCGCAACUGACUGUGUCCUCACAGCCAACCGCCAUGCACAAUCUUUCUUCCAGGACUCCGUCAGUGCACAGCAUUUAUCAAGGUGACUUUCAGGAGGCCCCGCAAGGGCGAACGAGCACCGUGGUGGGUGUGCCGGCACUCGGGCGACUAAACAGCGGGAUGAAUUAUCCGACCAUCUUGCCCUCCCUCAUUUGCAGCUAUACAGGCAGCAGUUCUGCAGGGAAAGGAAGGAGGGGGUCGGAUGCAAAUACAGGAUGUGAUGCGAUUGAUCCCUUUGAGAAGCUGCACCAGCUCAUGGGGGAACAUAGCCACAGUCGUGUGCUGCUGCAGAUGGCUGGUGUGGUGCCCAGUCCACUGCUUCUUGAGCUCCUGAGCUGCCCGUAUUGUGCAAGGGCCCUGGAGACCAUGGAUGUGGAGCUCGGUGAUUCAGACUACUCCAGAUCAGAAGGGGACGUGGUGUACGAGUUCUCCCAUGGAGCAGAGUUCAAACCCUGCCGUGCAUCCCAUCAUAAAAUCCUGGAGGAGCGUAACCGCCUGGCUCAGUACUGGGUUGACUUCCGGGACAGAUUGAUACGCAUAGUAAAUAGCAAAUACUUUAAUCGAGGAAUUAUGAUUGCCAUCCUCAUCAACACCUUGAGUAUGGGGAUUGAAUACCAUGAGCAGCCUGAGGAGCUGACAAACAUUCUGGAGAUUAGCAACAUCGUCUUCACUAGCAUGUUUGUCCUCGAAAUGCUCUUCAAACUGCUGGCCUUUGGCAUCUUUGGCUAUAUCAAGAACCCCUACAACAUAUUUGAUGGGAUUAUUGUAGUCAUAAGUGUGUGGGAGAUCAUAGGGCAGGCGGAUGGGGGUCUGUCAGUGCUGAGGACGUUUCGUCUCCUGCGUGUGCUCAAACUGGUGCGCUUCCUCCCUGCUCUGCGCAGACAGCUGGUAGUCCUGAUGAAGACCAUGGACAAUGUGGCUACAUUCUGCAUGCUGCUCAUGCUUUUCAUUUUCACAUUCAGCAUUCUUGGAAUGCACCUCUUUGGAUGCAAAUUCAGCCUGCAAAUGGAGAAUGGAGACACCAUUCCAGACAGGAAAAACUUUGAUUCCCUGCUGUGGGCCAUUGUCACUGUGUUUCAGAUCCUGACCCAGGAAGACUGGAACGUGGUCCUCUAUAAUGGAAUGGCUUCCACCACCCCAUGGGCGGCUCUUUACUUUGUGGCUCUGAUGACUUUUGGGAAUUAUGUGCUCUUUAACCUACUGGUGGCCAUCUUAGUGGAGGGAUUUCAGGCAGAGGGAGAUGCUAACAGGUCAGAUGCAGAUGAGGAAAAGCGCUCGGUGAACUUUGAAGAGGAAGAGAAGAUGGGGGAAUUGCGAGCUACAGAGUUGAAGAUGUACUCUCUGAUGAUGUCAGCGAAUGGGCAUGUAGAUCCUCGAGGCACUUUGCCUCCUCCAAUCAUCAUGCGCACUGCUGCCACCCCCAUGCCCACUCCGAAGAGCUCGCUCAGCCCCGAGUCAGUGUUUGGUUUGACCGAGUCCAGGCGGGGCAGUGGCAUCUCAAUAGAUCCAAAUGCUUUUGAUCAAAAAUCACUGACUAGCCCAAGAAGAUCUCCAUGCCACCCCCGUGGCUCAGGCAGUAACUGGGGCAGCCGCAGGUCAAGCUGGAACAGCUUAGGACGGGCGCCGAGUUUGAAAAGGAAGGACACGUCUGGGGAGAGGGAGUCUCUGCUGUCUGGGGACGGCAGGGGCAGCUUUGAGGACGAAGACUUGGAGGGGGAGAAGCUGGCCAAUAUCAGUGGGAGCUCACUGCAGCAUCCCAGCUCUCUAGAUAUCCCUGAGCUGCCCCAAACCCCCAGCUUCAGCUCACUGGGAGACUACCACGACUGCAAUGGAAGAAGCCUGCACCUGCCCACUGACCUGUCCGCCAACCUCAGCAAGGAAGACUCCAUUGCAGAGGAGGACAUGGAUGAUAGCUUCUGUUUCCGUCUCAAGAGGACGUUUGAGGCAUAUAAACCUAAGUGGUGUAAAGAUCAUGAAGAGUGGUCCCUUUACCUGUUCUCUCCUCAGAACAAGUUUCGGAUGAUGUGUCAAAGGUUAAUUUCUCACAAGUUGUUUGAUCAUGUAGUCUUGGUAUUCAUCUUCCUAAACUGCAUUACCAUUGCUCUGGAAAGACCCUCUAUUCAGCCAUCCGAGCGAAAGUUCCUCAGUAUCUCCAAUUAUGUUUUCACUGUGAUUUUUGUUGCUGAAAUGACUGUGAAGGUGGUGGCCCUCGGCUUCUGCGCCGGGAAGCAAAGUUAUCUGCAGAGCACCUGGAAUGUUCUGGAUGGGGUGCUGGUCUCUGUCUCUCUCAUUGACAUUCUGGUCUCUCUGGCCUAUACUGGUGGAAACCGAAUCCUUGGCAUCCUGAGGGUUCUUCGUCUGCUGAGAACUCUGCGGCCGCUGAGAGUGAUUAGUCGUGCUCCUGGACUGAAGCUGGUGGUGGAAACGCUAAUAACGUCCCUGAGGCCCAUUGGGAACAUUGUGCUGAUCUGCUGUGCCUUCUUUAUUGUCUUUGGCAUUCUUGGAGUUCAGCUCUUCAAAGGAAAGUUUUACCAUUGUGAAGGUGGCGACACCAAAAACAUCACCAAUAAGUCUGAUUGUCUUCAAGCAAACUACAAAUGGAUUCGGAGAAAGUACAACUUUGACAACUUGGGACAGCAACACAGCUACCAUGUUCAAGGCCCAGAAAUACCGGUCCUCUCUGCAGCAGUUGUCCCCUCACACCCAGUGCCUUUUUCCACUGCAUCAGUGAUUUGGUUUUUCUGUGUUUACCCUGCACUGACUCUUCUGCUGUCUGUCUGUAUGACUGUAUCAACAGAGGCCCAGCAGAGACCGUACUAUGCAGAUUACUCUCCAGCCCGGCUCUACAUCCACACACUGUGUACCAACCACUACCUGGACCUCUUCAUCACCUGCAUCAUCUGCAUCAAUGUGGUCACUAUGUCUAUUGAGCAUUUCAAUCAGCCUCACUACCUUGAAGAGGCACUGAAAUACUGUAACUAUGUCUUUACCAUCAUCUUCGUAAUUGAGGCUUUACUCAAGCUUGUGGCAUUCGGUUUUCGGAGAUUCUUCAAAGAGAGAUGGAACCAGCUGGAUCUAGCCAUAGUCCUGCUCUCUAUCAUGGGCAUCACCCUGGAGGAGAUCAAGAUGAGCGCAGCACUGCCAAUCAACCCCACUAUCAUCCGCAUUAUGAGGGUGCUGAGAAUAGCCAGAGUACUGAAGCUUUUGAAGAUGGCUACAGGCAUGAGAGCCCUGCUAGACACAGUUAUGCAAGCUUUGCCACAGGUGGGAAAUCUGGGCUUGCUGUUUAUGCUCCUCUUCUUCAUUUAUGCGGCACUUGGCGUGGAGCUUUUUGGGAAACUAGAAUGCAAUGACAACAACCCAUGCGAAGGAUUAAGCAGACAUGCUACAUUUGAGAACUUUGGAAUGGCCUUUUUAACAUUAUUUAGAGUAUCGACGGGGGACAACUGGAAUGGCAUAAUGAAGGACACUCUGCGAGAGUGCCUUCCAAAUGAAAGUAACUGCUUCAGCUAUCUGCCCCUGGUUUCCCCCAUCUACUUCGUCACCUUUGUGCUAAUCGCUCAGUUUGUGCUGGUUAACGUGGUGGUGGCCGUACUGAUGAAACACCUGGAGGAGAGCAAUAAGGAGGCUAAAGAAGAUGCAGAAAUGGAUGCUGAGAUUGAGAUGGAGAUGGAAAUGGCUCGGCGUCUCAGCAACAUCUCAGCAGGGAGCUCUUCAGGGCCGGAAGGAAGGGCAACUUAUGUAGGACCACACCCGCAGAAGCAUAGACAGGAUGAGGGGAUGCAAAGAACACAGGAGAAUUUGCUCUCUCCACGGAAAAUGUCAGUGUCAAGGAUGCACUCUUUGCCCAAUGACAGCUACAUGUUUCGCCCUGUGAGGCCAGCCAGUGCUCCUUAUCCACUGGAAGAAGUGGAAGCCAGUCAAGGGUACCUUGAAUUAGGCUCCAUCACCUCAGUCCACUCCCAGCCAUGCGAAAGCCAUUCCCUGCUCCAGGUCCCCGGUGUUCCUCCCCAUUCCCAGUUCAACUACCUCCCCAAGAUUCCCCCUCCCAUGCCCUCUCCAACCCACAGCAUAGGCAGGACUUUACGCAGACAGAAGGCAAUUAAAAAUGACUCCGUCGACGUGCAAAGUUUCGACUCCAAAGACAAUCCCAACAGACAGGUAGGAAUAACUACAGGCAGCUUCAAGCUGCGUGUUCCUCGGAUCACCGGACCCAGCAUCCCUCAGGGGUCACCCUUGCUGCCCCCACGUGGACAUGCCCCCAGUGUCUGCACCUUCCAGCAGCCCCAUAGCCAGCACAAUAUCCCUUCCAGACCUCCCAGCCUGGCCAGCAGCAGCAGAAGCACCAGCCCCAGUGGCUCCAUGUUUGAUUCCGCCGAUCCGACUGACGAGGAGGUCCGCCACAUCAACAGCACAGCACGGCUGUGGGUAGGGACUCGGGCAGAAGCCCGGAGUCACUCCCUGUCUCCUUACACCACCUCAGGGAUGCUGCUUCCCAUCCCCGUGAAGAACUGCAGCAGUGCUGCCAACUUAAGCGUCAAAGACCCGAAGAAGUGCUUCAGCGUGGACAAGGAGGGUUUUCUGGAAAAACCCUAUGGUACCGAUGACCAUCGCAGGCACUCGAUUGAGAUUUGCUCUUCAGUAGAUGAUGGGCUGUUUGGUCAAGAACUCAGUGAGAAGAGGCACGUUCCCAUGCGUGGACAGUCGUUGUACAUUCCCCGGAAGAAAAAGAUGAGCCCUCCCUGUAUCGCCAUCGAGCCCCUGUUUGAAACGGAGGCUCCCGCUUCUCUCGCAUCCAUGAAAAAGCUGUCGGAGAGCAGCAUGCUACUACGGAGGAGGACGCCAUCUUAUGACCUGGCCCUGCAGAGGGACUCUCUGGAUUUGCCAGAGAACCAGCUGUCUACCCAGCCGCUCAUCAAAGUAGAGCGGCACCCCUCUCACUGUGCCGAGUAUCUGUCCCUGCCGCACCCCACCCCAAUGGGUGGACUGGCAGGCAUUCUAUGUGAAAACACACAGCCGACCCCCUUUGACAGCCGGUUUGAAGAAUCCACGGACUUCAGCUCUGUAAACAGGACAGCCCAAUGAGGGACAUCGGCUUUAGUGAAAUUUUACCAUCCACACUCAAGGGUGCGGCAACUAGUUGAAUGGGGGAUGUCGACCUCUUUCUGUAGCCAAAGUUUUCCUUGUUUCUUUUUCAGAUGUAAUAUCAUCAUGAAAGUCAGCCAGGAAUGGCAACUGAUCCUAGCGGGGAACAGUGUUUGAUCUGACUGUGUUGAACAUGGGAUAUGCAAUUUCAGGUUUCCACAUGGAACUCUGGUUCUUAUUUUAAUCCCAGUGCUCAAUCACAUUGAUUUGAGUUCAGGAUGUGUAGUGUUGUGUAACAUCUGUAUCAUAUUUGUCAGUCUCUCCUCUCUUUGUCAUGAGCAUCGGUAAUGUUUUCUGUAAAGACAGAGUAUACAGAUUAAAAGACUAAUAAGAACUGUACAUGUUAUGUAUUUUAUUGACUCAUGAUGUGUAAAUAGAGAACAUUGUAUUAGUGGAGAAACAAGCUCUAUUCAUAUGCACAUAUUUUUUAUAGAGAUCUAUAAUGUUUUUGCACACAUCAAUUUGAAUUGUCCUCUGUUGUCUUCUUGUGAAUGUACAUUUUUUAAUCAAAUAGCUGUGGGAUCAAUUCUAGUCUGUUAAGGCCUACUGAUAUUGAGAUGAUUUUUAUUUUUCUAUUGGGAGGACGGGGUGUGUCGUAUAAUAUAGAUCCAAUGAGAACCAAACUCCAAAUGAUCUGUAGCCUGAGUGCAAUACACUAUAAAUGUUUCUGUAAGUUUACCCAGUUAGGUUACUCACUUUUUAAGCAAACAUAGCCAGUAACGUGCAUCUCACAUACACAACCCUUUACCAUACUCAGGUUCAUCUCAAAAUGUAUAUUACGAUUUCUGCUACACUCUACAUUGUAACCAAAUUUAACCAGAAAAUAACCUAUUUUAACAUUUUGUGGCCCUUGGCUGUGGCACAAGUUGCAUGUGAAGGACAGAGUAAUUCAAAUGUAAAUGUGACCGUUUCUCCUGAUGUUCAAACUUUAUCACUGUCAAAGCAGAAGACUUGAGGGAGUUUAUAUCAGCACACGUCUGAUCUAUUUUUUGAUCUGCUCUGCUUUGAAAUGGCACCUCUGGGUUUGUGCCCUUGUGAAACAACUGUUUAAUGAAAGGAAUGUUUUUAUUUGUUUUAGAAGUGAUCAAUGUGAUUUAUGUAUAGUUAAACUAAGCCAUGAUGUUUUUGGCAAAUCACAGGUAAAUGACACCUGCAAAUCCUGCUCUUUAAAUUAUAUAAAUCACACAACUACAUAUCCAGUGUCAUUAAUGUAUCACCUGAGAUUUAAAAUAGUUGAUGCAGCUUUUGUGCUAAUUUACUUUUUUCCUCCAUUUAUGAUUCUCCUCAAAAGAUGGAGAGGGAAAAUCAGUUGCAUGUUAUCGAGAGAUUUAGAAAUACAAACAUCUGUAUGUUUUUGACAUUUCAAUUUUCAGAUAUUUUCCAUUUGUAGACUUAUUAUUUAAUUGCACUGAGAUGUAAUUACAAGGUAUUCCUCUUUGUAGAAAUGAGUAAACCCACUUAUUGUUGUCUAAUGCAAUAUUUUAUGAUAGCCUAUGUUGAGAUGAGUGCAAGAGGUUUAGAAGUUUUAGCAAAAAUCAUGGAUGAUUACAAUUGAUAAAAGUAUGUACUCUGACAACAUAAUCAGACAUCAAUUUAACAUUGGACUUUGAGACAAAUGUGUGCAGUGUUUCAUGUAUCUUACGGUACUAGAUCCAUGUUUUUGCAAGAGGAUUGUUGAGUUUUUUUUUUUUUAAUUGUUAUUGAAUAAAUGAUAGAACUGUAUGGAUGGAGUAGUAUAUAACUGCUUAAAGUGUUUUAAUCACUUUGGGCACAUGGACAAUCUUAGCGGGGUUUUUUUUUAUUUAAUAUGAGCUUUUGCCAUUAAGCAGCCUAAUGUCCUUAACCCUUCAAUAAAUAAUCAAAGCAUUUUCCUCAAGCUUUCAUGAUGAUAUCCUUCUCUC